UUGAAAUGUUCAGUAUACGUGUCUGCUAAAGACGUGUGUGCAUCUCAGUGUAUUAAGUAAAGUCUAAUUUUAUAUAAGUUGCUUUUUAAUUUCGAAUAAGACCUGACUGUUUUGAAUAAAACACAUCUAGUGCUAUUUGUAAGUGAACGGUUGUGUUCAUUGAAGGGGACCAAUCUAGUGUCUUGACGUUUUUGUGAGCUGUUUACAAGAAAGAUUAUUAUACCACAACAACUAAAACACGAAUUGCUGUUAUAUGUGCUGAAUAUCACCACAAAAAAAUCCUAAUCGAUAAAAAGAUGAUGAGUCAAGAAACCGAAGUCGAGGAAUUUCCUCCCAAUUAUGUAGGCGAUCACACAAACGCAGGCACUAUCGAGAUACGAGUUGGUAUUUUCUGGGACAUUGAAAAUAUUCAACUACCAUUGGAUAAACCUUUCGACUCAUUUUAUAGCAAUAUAGAACAUUACAUUAAAACAACACAGAAAAACGUGACAUUCGAAUGGUAUAAAGUAGCAGUAUGUGCUUCAAAUUUUGAGAGGAAGAACGUCCACUUUGCUUUUUUAAAAAAUCAAGGAUUUCAUUGUUAUGAAGUUCCUCCCGGAGAAAAUGCAGCAGAUGACAAAAUAUUUAUGUUAGCCAAGGAAUUCUCAUGCGAGGAAAAUGUAACAAUAAAAAUGUUCAUUAUAUCAG